UGAUCUCUUACUUCCCACGUUACCUGUAUAGGUGUGCGUAUAUAAUAUAGCCUCCCUUGGUUUAGAAUCAGAACAUCACAGCUCCGAAAAUGGCUUCGUCUGCCUUUUCCACUCCCCACCCUAUCAAAACGAUCGUCGUUUUGGUUCAAGAGAACCGUUCUUUCGACCACAUGCUUGGCUGGAUGAAGUCUCAGAACCCAGAAAUCGACGGCGUUACCGGAUCAGAGUCGAACCCGGUGUCUACCUCCGACCCGGUGUCAAACCGGGUCAUCUUUGGAGACCGGUCGGUGUAUGUAGACCUGGACCCCGGGCACUCGAUUCAAGACAUAUACGAGCAGGUGUUUGGGGAGCCAUGGAGUGAGGAGUCGGCGGCCAAGAAGCUGCCGGCGAAAAUGGAGGGGUUCGUGCAGAAUGCUGGAAGGCAGAAGGAAGGGAAGGAGAUGGAGGAGACGGUGAUGAACGGAUUCAAGCCGGGUCGGGUUCCGGUUUAUGAGAAACUGGUAAAGGAGUUUGCGGUGUGCGACCGGUGGUUCGCGUCGGUGCCUGCGUCAACGCAACCGAACCGGAUGUUCGUUCACUCGGCGACGUCGCAUGGGCUGACGAGCAACGAUACGAAGAAGCUGAUUGGAGGUCUGCCGCAGAAGACGAUAUUUGAUUCGUUGGAAGAAAAUGGAUUCACUUUUGGGAUUUAUUUUCAGUCCCUUCCCUCCACGCUGUUCUACAGGAACCUGAGGAAGCUGAAGAACAUAGACAACUUCCACUCGUUCGACUUAGAGUUCAAGAAGCAUUGCGAAGAAGGGAAGCUCCCAAACUACGUGGUAUUGGAGCAAAGGUUCUGGGACUUGUUAUCCAUUCCCGGCAACGACGACCAUCCUUCGCACGACGUCUCCAAGGGCCAACACUUCAUCAAAGAAGUCUACGAAGCUCUCAGAUCAAGUCCUCAGUGGAACGAAAUGCUCUUCGUCAUCACUUACGACGAACACGGAGGGUUCUUCGAUCAUGUUCCGACACCGGUGACCGAAGUCCCCAGCCCCGACGGGAUCAUCGGUCCUGAUCCUUUUAAGUUUCAGUUUGAUCGCCUUGGUGUUAGGGUUCCUGCAAUCUUCAUUUCUCCUUGGAUCGAGCCUGGCACAGUGUUGCAUGAAGCGUCUGGGCCAGAGGCAACAUCACAAUACGAGCAUUCGUCUAUACCAGCAACUGUGAAGAAGAUGUUCAACCUACCUGAGUUCUUGACGAAGCGUGAUGCAUGGGCUGCAACAUUCGAGGUCCUUCUGACUCGGCCCACCCCGCGAACUGAUUGUCCAAUGACUUUGCCAGAACCAGCAAAACUGAGAGAGGCUGAAGCAAAUGAACAAACAGAAUUAAGUGAUUUUCAAGUAGAAUUGGUGCAGUUAGCUGCAACCCUAAAUGGAGAUCACAAGAAAGAUAUAUACCCUAACAAGUUAGUGGAGGGUUUGAACGUUGCAGGCGCAGUGAAAUAUGUGGAAGAAGCACUCGAGUUCUUCAUGAAAGAGUGUGAGAAGGCAAAGCAGACCGGUGUCGAUGGAUCUGAAAUUGUUGAAUGUGCAGAUUCACAUUGUCCUCCAACAUCAGCAGUUCCCAGAAGCUUCUGGCACAAGAUUCUUGGUUGUAUAUUCUGUGAUUGACGUGAUUGAUGAUUCAGUCUUUGUGAUUGGUCUCUCUAAUUUCUCGUCAUUUUUUUCCCGGAAAGUUCUGGCCAUGUCAUUGUGAAUAAUUCAAUUUGGUGAUGUGCGUGGGUGUGUUAAUUAGGCUGAUGAGUGUGAAAAGCUGGUUCAAGAUUGAAACAUUGUGUUACAGUUUAGUGGGUAGGGAGCAUGUCAACUCAAUUCGGGAAUUGUUUGGUGUAGUCUCAAUAUUCUUGUAUUAAUUACUUUUUGUCAUGAAUA